GUAGAAGAAGCUAAAGCUGCUGUUGAUCUGAUUCAUUUCAUAUAUAGUAAUAAUAAUAAUGGCUUCGAAACCUGGGAUUCUUACGGAAUGGCCAUGGGCGAGCCUCGGCACCUUCAAGUACGCAAUCUUGGCGCCGUGGGCGAUCCAUGCGGCGUACUCUUACGCUUCCGCGACCAAAGAUGAGAAGGAGAGGGAGUUGUCUUAUUUCCUCAUACUACCUUUCCUGCUGUCAAGAAUUCUCCACAACCAAAUUUGGAUUUCGUACUCGCGAUAUCGCACCGCCAAAGGCGCCAACCGGAUACUCGAUAAGCCCAUCGACUUCGCCCAACUCGACCGCGAAAAUAAUUGGGAUGACCAAAUUAUUUUCAACGGGAUAUUGUUUUACCUUGGGUACAUAUACAUCGAGGCGGCGCAUCGCCUCCCGUGGUGGAGGAUGGAUGGUGUCGUAUGGACAUUCUUGAUCCAUGCCGGUCCCGUCGAGUUUCUUUACUAUUGGCUCCACCGCGCGUUGCACCACCAUUUUCUCUACUCGCGCUACCACUCCCACCACCACUCCUCCAUCGUCACCGAGCCCAUCACAUCCGUGAUCCAUCCAUUCGCGGAGCAUAUCGCGUACUUUGCGCUAUUCUCGACUCCUUUGCUCACAACGCUACACAUGGGGAAUGCUUCCAUCACUUCGAUCUUGGUCUACUUGACGUACAUUGAUUUCAUGAACAACAUGGGUCAUUGCAACUUCGAACACAUUCCGAAACAGAUCUUCUCCAUCUUCCCACCGCUCAAGUACUUGGUGUACACGCCGUCGUACCAUUCGCUGCACCACACACAAUUUCGAACGAACUACUCGCUCUUCAUGCCGUUCUACGACUACAUAUACGGCACGAUGGACACAUCGUCGGACUCUUUGUAUGAAAACUCGCUUGUCCGAAAAUUGGAAGUACCCGACGUCGUGCAUCUAACUCACCUCAUGACGCCGGAGUCAAUAUACCAUCUCCGUUUAGGAUUCGCACAUUUGGCCUCGAGACCGCUUCGAUCGAAUUGGUACCUCCGGCUAAUGUGGCCCGUCACGCUCUGGUCGAUGGCGCUGGCUCGAGUUUACGGGCGGGUGUUCGCCGUCGAAAGAAACGUCUUCGAACACCUCAAGUUGCAAAUAUGGGCUAUUCCUAAGUACUAUGUCCAAUAUAACAUGAAAUGGCAGAAAGAAUCGAUAAAUACCUUGAUCGAGGAGAGCAUUCUACAAGCGGAUGAGGAAGGCGUUAAGGUGUUCAGCCUUGGGUUGUUGAAUCAGGAUGAGGAGCUGAACAAAAACGGCGAGCUUUUCGUGAGAAAUCACCCUCGGCUAAGAGUGAAGUUGGUCGACGGGAGUAGUCUAGCAGUUUCCAUCGUGCUAAACGCCAUCCCGAAACGAGCAACUGAGGUCGCCAUGCUCGGUAGCCUGUCAAAAACUGCAUAUUCUAUUGCCCUCACAUUAUGCCAAGGCGGGACACGGGUCUUUACCACAUCCGAGGAUGACUUCAAGAAGCUUAAGGCAAAGCUGAGCACAGAUGCUGCACACAAUUUGGUCCUUUCGAAACAGAAUAGUCCAAAGAUAUGGUUGGUGGGAAGCAGAGUGAGCGAACAAGAACAGCUCAAGGCAUCGAAAGGUACGACAUUCAUUCCAUUCUCACAGUUCCCUCCGAAGAAACUCCGCAAGGACUGCUUCUACAGCUGCACGCCGGCAAUGCUGGCUCCCAAGCAUCUAGAAAACAUCGACUCCUGCGAGAACUGGCUGCCAAGAAGGGCGAUGAGCGCACCACGGAUAGCAGGAAUAGUACAUGCCGCAGAAGAAUGGGGCGUGCACGAGUGCGGAGAUGCGAUGUUCGACGUGGAGAAGAUCUGGCAAGCCAGCCUCAAGCAUGGAUUCCGUCCCAUGGAAAAUGUGGUGGAAUUGAGCUGGGAGAGUCUGUGAUCGUCAAUUCUUUACGCCUGAACCCUGUCGACUGCAUCAUUUAUGACAAGUAUUCUUGCAUUUGAGACAAGUUAAUACAUGCUUUAUGAAGAAAUCUUAGCAUGACUGCAACAUUAAGUGAAAAAAGAGGCUAAUUUAAAGUUCGACUAACUUACAAGUAUUACGCUGCGCAAUCGCAUCCAGGAAGAUAGAAACCUGUGAAAGCUGCAUCUUCUUCUCUAUAUAUAUGACCGUAAAAUUUGCCAAAGAAACUAAUGGGACAAGAAACAACAGGCUACAUUGAUCUUUUAUAGUUUCAUAUACAACAUACACUUGGCAAACAAAACCUCUCGACACAUCAAGCUAAACGUUUGAACGAGUCCAGAAAGUAGCAGUGCACUCAGCAUAACAUAAAAAUAAUCAAAUUUUCGG